UUAUGAGGAAUCUUGUUGUUUUGAAACCUUAGGUGUCAACAAUUUUUGAAAUUUUACUUUUGACCUUCAAAGUACUAUCCAGUUCUAAUUUUUUAUCAUAAAUUCAUAAGCCUUCAAUGUUGAACAUUUUUGUUUAGCUCGAAUGCGUGAUAACUAUUGUAAAUUAUUAUUGUCCGGUAUGUGCGAUAUGCUCAGUGACUAUCUCGUGUGCGGCGGUGUGCCUAUAAUAUUAUCGUAGAUAAGCGCUCAGGUCAGUAGUCGUAUGGACGGCGUAGCGAACAUAUUGCACUCUCGGCACAACGACUGCUUACAUAUAUUAUGUAAUAUAUUGAUAAUUAAUAUUUAAUGUGAACCAGUCAAAUAGAAAUAAAGUAAAAUUGUUCAUUGAUUCAAAAUAAUUGUUUUCAUUGUACGUAACAUGAACUAUGAGAAUAAAGAUCCAUCAAGAAUUUAUGUCAAUAAAAAUCCACCAGGAAAGGUUGUGGGUAUCUAUAGAAAAAAAAUUUUAAUAGAUUUGUACAAAAACAAAAUUAAAAAUGAACCAGAUCUUAAAUUCUCUAAAUUAGCGAGAAGAUUAUCACAAGAAACUGGCAUUGGCUAUAUAACAGUUAAAAAAACUAUUCGAGAAUAUUGUGGUGGACAACCAAUAACACAAAAAAUAAAACAAUAUGGACCACCGGUAAAUGAACAAAUUGGCACUUUCGAGAAAUGUAAAAUUCUCCAAAAAAUUCAUAGUUUUUGGUUAAGGCAAAAAAUACCAACUUCAAAAAAUAUAUUACUCGCCAUCAACGCUGAUCCCGGUCUUCCAUCACUAAACUUUACCUCAUUAGAAAAAGUAUUUAAAGACCUACGUAUUGAAUAUACGAGAUGCAUUCAUCACACGCGUGCUCUUACGGAAACAGAAGAUAUUGUACUAUGGCGUCGAAAAUAUAUAGAAGAUAUACGGCGUUACCGAAAUGAAGGUAGAACUAUUUACUAUUUGGAAGAGACGUGGCUCAACGUCGGGGGAUAUUCGUCCAAAGAAUUAUGGACCGAUAUAGAAUCUUCGAGAAAAGGCAAACAGAUUAUUGUCGUGCAUAUUGGAUCGGUCGAAGGUUUCGUGGAGGGGGGUCUGCUAUGCUUCGAGUCGAAAAAAAAUACGUCUAACUACAAUGACCAUAUGAAUGAAGACAUAUUUUAUGACUGGUUCUGUGGUAUAUUGCCUUUACUCAAGGAGAACUCCGUUAUAGUUUUUGACAAUGCGUCACACUAUAAGGAUAAAAAUCACGUCCCCAACACGUCUUGGAAUAAGGGUUGUAUUUUAAAAUGGUUUGAAGGUAAAGGCAUAGUAUUUGAUAAGCCAUUGAAGAAGGUUCAGUUAAUUGAAAAAGUGAAUGAGAUGAGACUUAUCUUUGACAACUAUAAAAGAAGUGUACAAGAAGCAAUAAAUCAUAAUAAAGCUGUUCUACGUUUACCUCCGUAUCACUGUCAAUUAAGUCCAAUGCAGUUAGCAUGGGAGGUUGUUGUCAAACACGUGAAAAUAAAAAACUGCACAUGUUCUAAGCUGGACGAUGUACAUCAACUAUUUAAUGAUGGGGUUAAACUAGUAACGACCGAGAUGUGGGCCGGUUACGUAAAUUCCUCAAUUGCAUAUGAAGACAAACUUUGGAACCUGGAUAUCAUUACCGAUAGUAUUUUGAAUUCAAUGAUAUAUCAUUAAUUAUUUGUUAUCGUACUUAUAGUUAUAGAUACAAAAAAUGAUAUCGAGCGGAUGCCGUUUGUCAGCAUAUAUUCCUAAGUCAAUUUUUAAUUAAUUUAUAUUACUAGUGGUAAUUCAUUUUUCUAUUAAUUGUGAAAAAUGAUAAUUUUUUGUUUAAAUUUAAAAUUGGUAUAUAAUUUUGUCAAAAUUUAACACAUUAUUUGCUCCAGAGUUUCGUCGAAAAAAUAAUGCUUUAUUUAUUGCAAAAGAUUUAUUAUGAUAUAAUAAAAUAAACUCUUAAUGUAUACCGUUUCUAUAAAUAUUGAAUUGUAUAUGUUUCAAUAAAGAAUAAAAUAAAAUAUCAAUCAUAAUGCUUAAGUAUUAAAAAGAAUGAAAAACAAAAAUUGUUUAGAUAUUGUAAAUAUUAUGUUAUAUUACGAAUUAUAAUAUUAUUAUGCAACAUCAUGAUACAACAUCAUGAAAUAUCAAAGAGAAGGCUUAAUUCAAAUUAAAAACAUUUAGGUAAUGAAUAAUAUACUUAUUUUAAUAAUAAUUUAUGAUUUAUAACUAUACACAAUAUUAACACAUUAUAAUAUUAUCAUCAUCUGAACUACUGUGUAACUUUUGGCUUUAACGGAAUUUACAUUAUACCUAUACAAAUAAUACAGGUUUAGGACAUUAUAUUUCUAUAGUAAUAAUUUUUUUAUUUUUCUAUAAAAAAUUGUUUGAUGUAGAACAUAAUAAUAUAGAGAUGCUAUAUUGUCAUAAAUUUUUUAAUUUGUAUGAUUUUUUUUUAAAACAUGUUUGUUCUAGUUGUAAAUUGUUAUUACUUUGAUUUGUUACAUUUUUUUUACAAAUUUAACACAUUAAAAAGUAUGUUUAAAUUGUUAUUCUUGUAGUUCUAUUAUCUAAACGUUUUAAAACUAAAAGCAUAAUAUAACUUGUAAUUUAUUUUUUGUAAAAUCAUAUUUAAGGGUUAAACAGUUAAUGAAUAUUUAGAGAAUAUUUGAGGUAUUUCCGGGUUAUCUUGGUUACCGAAAUAUUUACAAGGCUACCUGGUAUAAUCUUUUGGUUAGGUGUCUUAAAGUCUUAACU